UUUUUUUUUUUUACUUCUUCUCUUCUUCAACAUCCAUCUCCCCUUAUUCCUCCCUCCUCUCCGUCUUCUUUCCUUCUCUCAAAUGGCCUCUCCAAACGUCAAAACUUUUACUCGGGCCGAGAUUCUCAAUGCUGAUGCAUUAGCUGAGGGCAAGAAUGAUGCUGAUGCUCCAUUCCUCAUGAUCAUCGACAACAAGGUCUAUGAUGUUCGUGAAUUCGUUCCUGAUCAUCCUGGUGGAAGUGUCAUCCUCACUCACGUCGGAAAGGACGGCACUGAUGUCUUCGAGACUUUCCAUCCCGAAUCAGCCUGGGAAACACUCGCCAACUUCUAUGUCGGAGACAUUGAUGAAUCAGACCGUGCGAUCAAGAACGAUGACUUUGCGGCUGAGGUUCGCAAGCUUCGUGCUCUGUUCCAAUCCCUGGGUUACUACGAUUCUUCCAAAGCCUACUAUGCCUUCAAGGUCUCGUUCAAUCUCUCACUCUGGGCUCUUUCGACAUUUAUUGUUGCCAAAUGGGGCCAAACUUCGAUCCUUGCCAUCAUAGCCUCGGCUGCUAUUCUCGGUGUGUUCUGGCAGCAGUGCGGCUGGCUUGCUCAUGACUUUUUGCACCACCAGGUAUUCCAGGACCGUUUCUGGGGAGAUAUGUUUGGAGCCUUCUUGGGCGGUGUCUGCCAAGGUUUUUCGUCCUCAUGGUGGAAGGACAAGCACAACACUCACCAUGCAGCACCCAAUGUUCACGGCGAAGAUCCCGAUAUUGACACUCACCCUCUGUUGACUUGGAGUGAGCACGCUCUCGAAAUGUUCUCAGACGUUCCGGAUGAAGAAUUGACUCGUAUGUGGAGUCGCUUCAUGGUUUUGAACCAGACCUGGUUCUAUUUCCCUAUCCUCUCCUUUGCUCGUCUCUCUUGGUGCCUCCAGUCGAUCCUGUUUGUGUUGCCUAAUGGUCAGGCCCACAAGCCUUCUGGUGCGCGUGUUCCUAUUUCGUUGCUCGAGCAGCUCUCCUUGGCUAUGCACUGGACCUGGUACUUGGCCACCAUGUUCUUGUUCAUUAAGGAUCCCGUUGGCAUGAUCACCUAUUUCUUGGUGUCCCAGGCAGUGUGUGGUAAUCUCCUGGCAUUGGUCUUCUCGCUUAACCACAACGGCAUGCCCGUCAUCUCGAAGGAGGAGGCUGUUGACAUGGACUUUUUCACCAAGCAGAUCAUCACCGGACGCGAUGUUCGCCCUAAUCUCUUCUCGAACUGGUUCACUGGAGGAUUGAACUACCAAAUCGAGCAUCAUUUGUUCCCCUCAAUGCCUCGCCAUAGCUUCUCCAAGAUCCAGCCCGCAGUUGAAGCACUCUGCAAAAAGUAUGGCGUCAGGUACCAUAUCACUGGUAUGAUCGAUGGUACUGCCGAGGUCUUUGCUCGUCUGAACGAGGUCUCCAAGGCUGCCUCCAAGCUGGGCAAGUCCGCUUAAAAAAAA